AUGUUAUUAAAUGCAGGACAUUUACAAGACGGAUAUUCUAAAUUGAAAUACGGUUACAGGUUGGAUAGAAAAAUGAUUAACUCUUUCACUGGGUAUAGUAUUCUAGAUUGUGUAGAAGAGUGCCUAAGGACCACGCGAUGUAAGUCUGUUAGUUAUUAUAAAGGAGCAAAUUACUGUGAAAUUAAUUAUGAAAACAAAACAACUGCUCCAGAUAGAUACGAACAGGACACAGGGUGGAUUUAUAGCGAGAAAGAACAUUGGGACAAGAAUAUCACAGGAGCUUGUAUGAAUGCAAAUUGCUUGGACAAUCAGAAAUGUAAUUCGUUGCCAUUCGGUAAAUAUGAAUGCAUUCCGUCAGAUUGUGGUAUUCCUUAUGUGGAAGGAGCUGAUAUAAAUAGUUCAGACAGAUGGGAUGCAAUUGGGAUCCGGAGACAGAUGCAUCUUAAAUGUUACAAAGAAUUUAAACAAACUGGAUCAGGAAUUCUCAGUUGUCCUACAAGUGGAAUAUGGACAGCGGAUCUAAGAUGUGGUACUUUCCAAAUAAUAUUUAAUGUUGAUGCAAACAAUACAGCCCCAGUAAUUUUAAGUCUUUGA